AUGGAAAGACUUACUGAUGCUGCCGACUACGAUGCCGGCGAAACGUCUGAGAAGGUACCGAGUCCACUUUCUGAUGCUGGGGAGCAUGACAACUACUAUGACGGACGAAUUCGGACUAGCUGCGUUCUACCAAGUCGCUCUGACAACAAGACCAAGUUGCAACAACGAGGUCAACCCAUUUCUGGCAAUACUAAACUUAUUCAUUCUGAGAAACUUACUAUCAUGUCAGUCACAAAUUUUCAAUUCUAG